UUGGCCCAAGGUGUCCAUGUAAAUAGGUGUAAAUGAAACCAGAUUAUGCCUUCCUCCCAGCCCCCUCCUCCCAUGGCAAUUGUCAUGUGAUAGCAAAGAGGUGGCACAUUAAUGGAGCGCCCCUACAGGGGUCUUUUCUGCUCAUGUCACUACAUAAAACUAUCAGAUGGUUAGAGGAAGGCCAUGGAGGCAUCCACUUAGCUCGUCUUAUCAAGGACGCCAAAUGAAGUCUAUUCAACUCUGCUAGCGGGACAAGCUGACUUACUUUGCGAGAAAGACUUACAGCAGCCGUCACUCCAUAAAUGUGCACCGUCCGCCCGCCUGCACACAGCAGAGGCGCCCGACCUGGCUGUUUCACGCGCGACGCAGCUCCAGCUUUGCCUGCGCUGAAACUUUCCUCCGUGGCUGUUUUCAUGAAGAUCGGCAAGCUUUCGCCAAGGAAUUAAAGGAGACAUACUUUUGAUUGCUUUUCUCAAAGAAAUAUAUAUAUAUCCAGGAUGCCUCGUCCGGGGAGAAACACGUACAGCGACCAGAAGCCACCUUACUCCUACAUCUCCCUCACUGCCAUGGCGAUCCAGAGCUGCCCAGAGAAAAUGCUGCCUCUCAGUGAAAUUUACAAGUUCAUCAUGGAUAGAUUCCCUUACUACAGAGAAAACACUCAGCGGUGGCAGAACUCUCUGCGACACAACCUAUCCUUCAACGACUGUUUUAUCAAAAUCCCCCGGCGCCCAGAUCAGCCAGGUAAGGGCAGUUUCUGGGCACUACACCCCAACUGCGGGGACAUGUUUGAGAAUGGAAGUUUCUUGAGACGCCGCAAAAGAUUCAAAGUGAUGCCAGCGUCUGAUCACUUGGCCCCCAGUAAACAGUCAGAUGCUGCCCAUUACCUCCAGCAGCAAGCCAAACUGAGACUGAGCGCCCUGGCAGCCACCGGCACACAUCUUCCCCAAAUGUCAACUUACAACCUCGGAGUGUCUCAGACGUCAACUUUUAAACAUCCGUUCGCCAUCGAGAACAUCAUCGCCAGAGAGUACAAGGUCCCGGGAAGUCUGGCGUUCUCCACCAUGCAGUCCAUGUCUGCCGGGUACCCGCUCCACAACCAGCUGACGACAGCCUGGCCCCACAUGUACAACACCAGCGUGAUUGACACGGCGGCCCCGAUCUCCAUGGCAAGCAGCGACUACAGUGCCUAUGGCGUGCCCAUCAAGUCCCUGUGUCACGGGGGACAGUCUUUACCGGCUAUUCCUGUGCCAAUCAAGCCCACCCCGACCUCCAUGCCCGGUUUCUCGGCGCUACCUCCACACAUCCCCGCGUUUCUAUCAAACUCUCCACAGUCUCUGAGCCCGACGUCCCCACAGACAGCGACGAGCCAAAGCAGCCCCGCAACCCCGAGCGAGACUCUGACGAGCCCCUCCACACUGCAGUCUGUGGCUGUGCACUGACCAGCUGAACUUUUUCCCCUGCAGCGCACGAACUGCCGGCUGGCUGGCUCCCAGGCCCCGUUACCAAACCCAAAGUUUCUAUUUUCUGUCGUCGGAAAAACUAUCAAGGCGAGUUGCAGUUGCAUAUCGAUUUAUUUGUGUAUGUGUUGAAUGUGUCGCUUUAAAUUGUGUCAUAGCAGUCCAGCACAGAAUCGCACAGCGAAGUACAGGGCCUCUUGCUCUUGAAAAUAUAAAUUAUUUGAUAGUUCUAUUUUUCAGUUUAUUGUGAAAUGUUGAGUGUUGACAGUGGGGCCGCUGAGGGGGGUUUCAGGAGGAAUUUUGUUUCGGACACCAUCGAUUCUGAUUUUUGAAUGCUUGUAAUUCCCGUGGCAAUUUUCUUUUUUUUCCUUCAGUUUUUAUCGAACAGCAAAACUUUUGCACCGUUUCUGUGUGACCACUGUAAUGUCAAUGAAAUUGCGAGGCAAUGGCUCUGUGUUUAUGUUUGCUUUGAAUACUGGAAUGAUGGGUAAGGGUAUACCAAAUAGGAGUAGGAUUUAGAUUUGUUCUUACCAUCCCUGUAAAAAAAAAAGAAAAAAGAAAAAAGAAAGAAAGAAAGCAAACUGAGUUAUGAAAUCUUUUCAAAAUUGAAAAGUAGUAUUGUGAGACGUCCUCAAAAUGCAAGAUGUGAAUAUUGCAAAUAACUGAUUCUGAAAUGUUGUAAAAUGCACUUUUUAGUUUUAUGUUUUAGAUAUCUAUUUUCCAGAAAAUGUUCUGUGAAGCAUUUAAUUUAAAAGGCUGUGGUGACCAUGUGUAUCAGAUGCUGUAAAUUUGUACUAUUUUUUUUUUUAGGUAAAGCAUGCAUUCUACAAAUUUGUGUUGUUCCUGUUGUUGUUAUUGUUGUUGUUUUGUUUAUUUGUUUGUUUAUUUUUUGCAAGCAUGCGUGCUUUCGAAAAGUGUGCAAACAGUCUGCAAUGAAUUGGAAAAAAAAACUGGUCAUCGAAAUAUUUUCUCAUUAAAAGUGAAGUAAACAAUCAAAAAUGUUUCUGAAGAUUUAAUCUAAUACGAUGUCACAUUAUUAUUAUGAUUAUUAUUUUGAUUAUCAUUAUGAUUAUUAUUAUGAAUAUUAUUAUUAUGAAUAUUAUUAUCCUAUUGUGAUCCUAUUAGCCUAUUAGCCAGUAUAAAUCAGACUUUUUUUUAAAUUGGAUAUCAUUCUUCAAUUUCAUUUAAAUUUAACAGUGACAAUAAUAAUAAUAAUAAUAAUAACAAUAAUAAUAAUAGCACUAACAAUAAUAAUAAUAAUAAUAAUAGUAAUAACCAGACCUGUAUGAUUUCAGAGUGUGAGAGUCGCAGAGAGGCUGUGGGGAGAGAAAUGAAUCGUGCAGUCCAUUAGGAUGCAUGGAGUUGCGAUGCCAUGGCCACAGCGCAGACAACUGGGCUCAUUCAUCAAGCUGUAGGCUAAACACAAUUAAGCCCAACAAUAAACAUUUAGAAAAGCUGCACAGAGUGUCCGAAUCAAUAUUGUUACAUAUUUCAAAUGUCACAGAUGGCAGUUAAAUAAGUGCCACGUUGAUUUUAUUUUUGCGUGCAGUAAUGAGAGCAACUGGCUGUUUCGACCUAUUGAUUUUUUUUUUCCUAUUUGGGGGGGACUUAAUGCAACAGGUUUAUAAAUACAAACGGAGUAUUUGCAGUAAAGUUCAAAAUGCAUUAAAGCGUUUUUUAUUUAUUUUUUUUUAAAUUGGUUUUCAGAGGCUGAAAUAAAAAUAACUCGCUGUAUCUGCCUCCACUAUAGAAAGCAACAACCUAUCUCGGGGUAUUAAACAAAUACAUUAGAAUUCCGUCACUUUAUGCAAUCGAGUAGAUCAAAUAAAGGGUCUCGGGCCACUUCAUUCUCCCUCAUUCACUUGAAUUGAAAGUGCAAAGAAUGGCAAACUUAGACUGGGCCACCAAUGUAGAUUUAGCCUUUUUUUCAGCAAGACAAAAAGACUGAUUUUUCACAAACACAUUGCUGACUGGGGAACUAGGAAACGAGCUGCGAGACCCUUUUGGAAUUUAAAUCCACCCCUCCCCCAUGGACUGUUUGUACAACAGUGUUAGUUUUUUUUUUUUUUCUUUUUCUCCUCCCUAUUUGGUGCAUUUGUGUGUGUAACAUUAAUUCUGACUCUGGAUGAUUAAAUGUAUUGAAACAGCAACGCCAGAUUACAAGCUUUAAUUUUGAGGUAGAUUUUAUUUUUUCUGGCUGGCCAUGACAAUUAUAUUAAAACCACAUUUACAAACGUAACUCAGCAUAUUAACACAAUUAAAUCUAUUAACACCUGUGUCACAAAAAAAACCUGUAACAACAUAUAUUGACAAUAUAUAUUAACUACACAUUUAUACUUGUGCAUUUUUUUCUGUUUAUUUGGAAUUCAAUGUACUUAACUUUGUCUUAUUUGAUCUGUAUUGCACUGUUAGAAGUAAGUGGUUUGUGUUAUAUACAGAUAAAUGUAUGAAAAGAACUUUUGUGAAUAAGAAGUCAUUCUAUGUAAAUUCAUCAUCUCAGAAUGUGAAAUGUAAAAAAAAUAACCAAAAGUUUUCAUUUGAUGCAUGAUGUGCUAGUGCAAUAUUCAGUCGGCAUCAUUUAAAAAGCAACAUCCAGUCAUCUUAUAAUUAUGUUUUAAGACAGAGGAAAUUACAGCAAAUUAGUGAAAUGUUGCACAUCAGUGGUUUGAAGUCAGUCAGGAGUAAAAAACAUUUAAAAUUAAAAAAAAAAAAAAAAAAAAAAGAGGGCUUUGUUUGGCUUACAUUAAGUUCCAUUACAGAUAAAUAAACAAAUACAGCAAAUGAAUAGAGCCCUUCAGAGAGCCAAUAAAAGCCACUUGCGUUGAAACAUAAUGUUACAGGUGGGAGGAAAGGACAGCGCUGGAAAGCUACAUAGAAAACUCUGACACCUGACAGUCAUGAAAUUGAAAUAAAGUGUCUUGGAAAACUUAAUUUUCUCUGAAUAAAACAACAACUGUUUCUGACACUACAAAUGUUUUCAUCCGCAAACAUGGUCCCAGAGUUU